AUGGAUCCUCGCGGCCCCCAUUCGAACAUCGUCUUCAAAGACGGCGUGUUCCAUCUUUCUGUCGAUGAGAAACCCUUCCUCAUCUUGGGAGGCCAGCUCGCUGCCUCGUCCACUUCCUCGACUGCGUAUAUCUCCCGUCUUUGGGAGCAGCUUCGCGAUACCGGCGCCAACACCAUAUUCGCGCCCGUCUCGUGGGGAGUCAUUGAACCUGUUGAGACAUCCUACGACUUCUCAGCUCUCGAUGCCCUCAUCGCUCAGUCAAACGCCAAUGGACUGCGUGUAGUGAUCCAAUGGUUUGGAUCGCUGAAGGGAGACCCGACGGACAAUCUGUCUGACCACGCCCCCUCUUGGAUCAAGCUUGAUUCCAACCGCUUCCCGCGCGCUAAGAUCCGAGACGAGGUGGUCGACGACGACGGAGAGGUCAUCGGUCAGACCACGCGCACCAUCGACGCCGUUUCAAUCUUCAACCCGGAGCUCGCCCGAGUCGAGCAGCGAGCGGUCGCCGCUUUGGCGAACCACGUCCGAAAGGUUGACCUGAAGAACACCAUCAUUAUGGUUCAACUUGCGGGCUGUGUUGGCCUUACCAGAGACACCCGGGACUGCAGUCCCCGAGCAACCGCUGCGUUCGAUGCAGAUGUCCCUCGGAGCGUAAUUGCUCACUUUCGAGGAUUAGGCUCGGCCAUGGCAGCCAACGAACGAGUGGCCUGGGACCAAUUGGCACUGGAUGUGGAGGCUGCCGAGAGUCUGUUUUCAGGCUUCCACUUCGCCAAUUACGUUGACGGUCUGGCAGUCAUGGUCAAGAAGGCCAUCAGCGUUCCUGUCUUUACUACCGUGCCGGUCAAGCGCGUUCUACAUGGCGCCCCUCGAACCACCGGAACCGUGGCCGUUUGGAAGACGUUCGCCUCGCACAUCGACUUUUGGGCCCCCAGCGCCAGUGACGCCCCAUACCACGACGUCUGUCAGACAGCCGCAGACAACAAGCACCCCCUGCUGGUCACCGACCAUCCCCGAAGCCAGGGCCGAGCGGAAGAUAUAUGGACUGCUUUCGGCAGCUACGGCGCCAUUGGUGUCGUUAUCAAGGACCUGGAGAAGAUCGCUUCCGCUCCGUCGCAAGUUCCAAGGUCCUUCAAGCUGAUCCGCGACAUCUCCCGCACUCUUCUCGACGCUCGGUCUGCCCACCGCAAGACCAUCGGCUUCAACCUGAGACCCGCCAACAUCUCAAGCCUCACCACAAAGGCGUCCGUGACCACUGCCCUGUACAGCCUCCAGGUCACCAUCGAGCGUCUCGGAGAUGGAAACCACGGCGGCGGCUGUGGCUUGCUGAUCGAGCAGCCCGGAUCCAAGAUCCUUCUCAUCGGCCACGGCUUUCAGGCCAAGGCGAAGUCUGUCUCUCCUCGCGAGGUAUUCACCCGAGUCCUCGAAUUCAUUAAGCAAGAAGUCGAGGCCAACGGUGCCCGUCGCUCGCUUCGUCACUUCUGUGGUGAGGAGACGAACAGCGGCCGCGCUGCGCGUAUGCCUCCCAUCGAGCCGAUGAUCGCGGUGGUUCAGUUUUACACCCUCAUGGAGUAA